AUGAGUAAUGAGAUAAAUGAUGUUAUUUUUACAGGUUCACCAUUAGAUGAGUAUUUACAAUCAUUGAUAUCGAAUAAUAAUAAUAAUAGUAACGAUAAUAACGAUAAUGACAAUGAAAAUGAAAGUAAUGAUUUUGGUGGUAGUUUGUUAAGUGAAAUCAUUCAAACUGAAUCGAUUGACUUUAACCAAUUACAAAAUGAACAGAAUCUAAAAGAACAAGAAGAACAACAACUAUUAGAUAGCGAUAAGAGUAAAAGUAGUAGUAACAACAACAACAAUAAUCAUAUAAAAGAUGAUAAUAAUAUUAAUACCAGUACCGAUAAUAAUAAUAGUAUAUAUAAAUAUAUUAUAAAGAUAGUUUAUAAUAAUUAUUGUAGAUUUAGAAUCAAUAUAUUAGAGUCUGAUAUGUUAUUACCAUCAGAAUCACCUUUUAUCAAUUCAUCAUUGGUUACACUUGAUUUACCUCCACCCAUCUACAUAGAUAGUAUUAAUAAUAGUAAUAGUAGUAGUAGUGAUAUAACAAAUAAUAAUAAUAAAAAUGAAAUCAAUAGAGAUAUAAAUAUUAAAGAUUUAUUAUAUUAUCUAUAUAUAUCUAUUCUAAAAAAUAAUAACAACAAAAACACAUUGAAUAGACAACAUCAAUCAUUACAAUCGUUGUUUGAGCAAUCAUUUAAAUAUAUUCAAACACAAUUGGAUAUAAUAUCGAGAUCAAUAAAGUUAGUAAGAGAAGUAGAGUUAAUAUCAAAAGGUUAUAGAUUUUCAUCACCUGUAAUACCAAUUGAAAGAAUCGAAAUAGAUAAAGUUAAAUCAGAGAAAUCAUUGGUGUUGCGUGCAUCUAUCGCCAAGAUUAUAAGACACUCUACACUUGCAUUCAAAGAAGAUCUCGAUAGAUUCGCCAAUUUAUAUAUAGAUAAUAGCUAUAUAGAUGCAUAUUUAAAAUCAAAUAUAAUAGAUGAUAAUAUUUAUUUCAUUAAUAAUAACAAUAAUAACAAUAGCAAUAGCAACAGCAAUAGUAAUAGUAAUAAUGAAAAUGAAAUGAAAUCACAAGAGGAAAUAGAUAGUCAAUUACCAAUAUUAACGAUUAAAUCAAUGUUCUAUCAAUAUCAAACAAUCAUUUCAAAUUAUUAUACUAUGCUAAUGUUUAUAUUGGCAGAUCAAUCUAUAUUGUUACAUAAUAAUGGACAAGCAGUAUUAAAAGUAAUAAAGUUCAAUGAGAGAUUGGAAGAAUCACUUGAUAACCUUACAAAAUCAAUUAGAAUAGAAUCAAAUACAUUAAAGAAUAUCAUUUCAAAUGAAAUAUAUGAUAAUAAAAUACCAAGUAGAAUCAUAUUAAAUAGACCAAAGAAAACAGUGUUGGAGUCAUUCCUUUACAACAAUAAUCAAAUGUUAGAAUCUGUUCAAUCAUCUAUAAAUCCAAUGUUGACCAAGAUUAAUAAUAUUAUUACACCAUUAACAUCGACAAUCAACAACAACAAUAGUAUUAAUAGUAAUCAUGAUGCAGAAUCAACUAAUAAUAAUAACGAUGAUAAAAGAGAAUUAGAAAUCGAUUUAGUAACAUUAGAUGAUAUUGUAAAUGACUUUUUGGUUAUCAAGAGUGAGCUUUCCAAUAGUUUAAAGUAUUGGGAGUUGGCAAAUCGAUCACUCAUCAGUAUCGUAAAGUCUGUAGAUCGUAAUCUACCAGAGCUAUCAGAGGAAGAAGCAAAACAGAGAAUACAACGUUUAAUAGAAUCAUUAAGAAAGAAUACUUUAUAUAAUAAUGAAUUCGAUGAUGAUAAUAACAAUAAUGGUAACAAUGAUAGUAGUAAGAGAAGACAAUAUAUAGAUUUAAAUAGUAUUAUACAUGAUCCUCUUGAUGAUGAUGGUGUAUUUGAAGCAUACACUGGUGAAUUGGGUGAUGAUGAUCAAGAUGAUCAAGAUGAAAUAGAAUUUUAUAAACAACAACAACAACAACAACAACAACAAUUAAAUAAUGAUUUAGAUUCAACACCAAUCACCAAUGGAAUUCCACCUCCACCUCCACCAUUACCUGCCGAUGGAAUGAUACCAAAGAAGAAGAAUCCACCCAAAAGAACUGUAUACGAUCCAACUUAUGUUGAAAACAAACAGAAAAAGAAGAGAACAACAAACUAUUCUCUAUUUACUCCUGUAGUUCCACCAGAGAAGAAGAUGAUAAAUGAAUUGAAAUCAGUAUUGGAUGUUAUCACGUUGAAUAAAGAAACUAUAAAGAAAAAGAAGAAUGAUAACAGUGACAUAAUUAAUAAUGAUAAUCAAGAGGAUAAAGAUAAUGUUCAAACACAAUAA